AUGGCCGGCCAAACCCCCGAUUCCUGGGAGGAUGAACUCUCCAGACAGACUGAGGGCGUUAACCUGAACAGGAACGCACAAUCUCGCCCUCAAGCCCAGGCACCUUCUUUCCAGCCUGGAGCCGCUAGCUUCCAGCCUGGAGCAGCUUCCUUUGUACCGGGACAAGCAUUCCAGUCUUAUGGUGGCUACCCACAGUACGGCCAGUAUGGCCAGCAACAGCAGCAGGCCUAUGGUGGUGGAUACCCAACCUACGACCAGCAACAACAGGGCUACGGUCAGUAUGGGGCAUACGCCCAGCAACCUGGUGGCUACAACCAGGGUUACAACCAAAACUAUGGUGGCUACCAGCAGCAGCAGCAACAACAACAACAACAACAACAACAACAAUUCUCACAGCAACCCCGCCAGGCCGCUCCCGCUGCUACUAAACCCGCGCCCAAACCCGCCUCCCCAGCCAACACUACCGCCCCCAAGGCCAAGGUUUUGUCUAUCGGUGGUGCAAGCAACUCCCCCGCUGCUCCCAAGACUAAAGUUCUUUCAAUCGGCACUCCCACCCCUUCGUCGACCACACCAUCCUCCGAAUCCAGCAAUCUCGCGGAUGCCAAGGGACCCGCCGCUGUCGAGGCUGCGGCUAAAGUAACCGCCGCGAAGGCUAUUGAGAAGACAGAGAAGAAGUCGGAGCAGAAGACGGCUGCUAGUGGCAAGUCUUCCCCUGCUGCUUCGGGUCGCUCCAGCCCCGCUCGAGGCGAGCCAGCCAAGGCUACUCGGGAUGCGAACGCGGUUGCAUUAGAGCAACGGGCCGAUGUCGAUGAAGAUACUUUGAAGGAAAUCUAUGGAGAGAAGAAAGAGCAUGUUAACAUUGUUUUCAUCGGACACGUUGACGCUGGAAAGUCUACUCUUGGUGGAUCCAUUCUUUACGCAACCGGAAUGGUGGAUGAGCGAACAAUGGACAAGUAUAAGAGGGAGGCUAAAGAAGCUGGUCGAGAGACUUGGUAUCUUUCUUGGGCUCUUGAUUUAACCAACGAAGAGCGAUCGAAGGGAAAGACCGUUGAGGUUGGCCGUGCCCACUUCAAUGUUUCCGUUCCCUCCGCGGAAGGCCCUAUUGAGAGACAUUUCUCUAUCCUCGAUGCACCUGGCCACAAGUCCUAUGUUCAUCACAUGAUUGGUGGUGCUUCUCAGGCUGAUGUUGGCGUUCUUGUUAUCUCUGCACGUAAGGGUGAGUACGAAACUGGUUUCGAAAAGGGCGGCCAAACACGUGAGCACGCACUUUUGGCGAGAAACUCGGGUGUCACGAAACUUGUUGUCGCUGUCAAUAAGAUGGACGACCCCACUGUCGAAUGGAGCAAGGCUCGUUUCGAGGAAUGCACAGUUAAGAUCUCCAAGUUUUUGGAGGCCCUUGGCUACAAGAAGAACGACCUGACUUUCAUGCCCAUCUCUGCUCAGAAGACCUUGGGUAUCAAGGACCGUGUUCCAAAGGAGCUCUGCCAGUGGUACAGCGGUCCCUCUCUCCUGGAAUACCUGACAAACAUGAAAAUGCCUGAGCGUAAGCUCAAUGCACCCUUUAUGAUGCCCAUUAGCACCAAAUACCGUGACAUGGGCACCAUGGUUGAAGGACGUAUCGAGGCCGGCGUGAUCAAGAAGAACGCCACUUGUAUUAUCAUGCCUAACCACACUGAAGUCCAAAUUACGGCUCUUUAUGGUGAGACGGAAGAUGAGAUUGUCACCGGUACUUGCGGUGACCAGGUCCGUAUGCGUCUUCGCGGCGUUGAGGAAGAAGAUCUCCUUCCCGGAUUCGUCAUGUGCUCGCCCAAUCGUCUGGUCCACUGCGUGUCUGCUUUCGAAGCCAAGAUCAGGAUCCUUGAUCUAAAGAGCAUUCUGACCGCCGGGUUCAACUGUGUCAUGCACGUGCACUCUGCCGUUCAAGAGGUCACUUUCGCAGCUCUCUUGCAUAAGCUCGAACCCGGCACUGGACGCAAGAGCAAGCGCCCCCCUCCAUUCGCUAGCAAGGGACAGACUAUCAUUGCGCGCCUUGAGGUUACAAGCUCUGCUGGUGCUGUUUGUGCUGAGCGUUUCGAAGACUACAACCAAAUGGGAAGAUUCACCCUCCGUGACCAGGGACAAACCGUUGCCAUUGGUAUGAUCACCAAGCUCAUCCACGAGGAGACAGCCGAGUAG